AUGGCGUCUAGUAAAUCAUUCAGCAUACAAUGCGCUUCGACCGACAGGUGGUCGCUGUCUUUCCGCCUCCUGUAUCUGGGGCGGGGGCUGCCUUCAAAAGUGUCUAUUUUCAUGUGGAGAUUGCUACGCCGUUUGCUGCCGUUUCCAGAUACUCUACAGCGGUUUGGUUUUUCAAUGCCCUCGGUAUGCCCAUUUUGCCGGAGGGAUUCUGCCAGUCUAGAUCACUGCCUCCUCAGUUGUGCUAGCGUACAAGAUGUCUGGAUUUAUUUUGCUGAUAUUUUUGCAUUGUCGAGGGCCGUUGCCAGCUCGAUACGUUCGCAGUGUCACUCAUGGUGGUUAUUGGCUCCAGCCAGAUCUGCUACAAUGUUUUAUGCGCAACUGCUCCCCUGCCUCAUCUUAUGGUUCCUAUGGAAGGCCUACAAUGUCUGCCUUCACGAGGGUACUGCUUUUUCACCAGCCGGCUCCAUUCACAUGAUUAAGAGGGAGGCCUUUUUAAUAUCUCUGUCUCACCCGAUUAAAAAGAGUGGGGGCAAUGGUGACUUCCUUGUAUCGGCUGGUCUCGUUACGGGCUUUGCUGCCCCGCUGCAGCGUACAACAAUUUGGGUAAAAUGGCUUCACCCACCCGAAGGAAGAUUGAAAUUAAACACAGAUGCUAUUUUUUCGGAUGCUGGGGCAGCGGGUGGAGCAUGCGUUCGGGGAUCUCGUGGCCAACUGAUUGUAGGCUUAUGCUUCCGCUUUGAGGCCUCGUCAGCCAUGGAAGCGGAAACUCUAUCUCUUCAGCUGGCUGUACAAUGGUGUGCUGCCUUUGCCAUGGCUCCUUUUGCUGUGGAAGUCGACUCUCUCUCUCUUGCCAACUUGAUCUCUGCGCACGAUACAAGGAUUCCUUGGAGAAUUGAGCCAGCAGUUUCUUACGUUCGAUCCACUCUUAGUUUAUGGGGUUCCAGUAUUCGACAUAUUUACAGGGAAGCCAAUCACGUUGCGGACGCUCUUGCAACAGCUGGCCUCGGUUUUAACACUUCAAAAAUUUUCAUACUUUACACUCACUGCCUUCUGCGGCUAAGCUGGCCUUAUUUUUUGAUGUAA